CCAACCUGGCAUAGGGGUGGAGGAUGCCCUCAUCUUUCUAUUACACAGAUCAUUGUCAAACCUGGGAGCACUGUGAGGGUUAUGUUUUUUUUUUUUUUUGGAUUUCCCCCAUGCUUUCAAUACAAUUCAACCAUCACUGCUCUGGGACAAGCUAUUGGGAGCUGGAGUUGACUGCCACCUGUCUGCAUGGACCGUCAACUACCUCACUGACCGACCACAGGAGCACCACAGGGUACAGUGCUCGCUCCUUUCGUCUUCACCCUGCGGACUUCAGGCACAAUACAAGCAGCUGUCACAUGCAGAAGUUCUCUGAUAAUACUGCCAUUGUUGGACGGGUAUCAGAGGAGAACAACCAGGAAUACUGGGAGGUCAUCUGUGAUUUUGUCAACUGGUUUGUGUCAAACCACCUUCACAUCACCGCCAGCAAGACAAAGGAGAUGGUGGUUGACUUUCGCAGGAGGCUGCCCCGGACUUCACCAGUGAACAUCCAGGGUGCCAAUAUCGAGAUGGUGGAGACAUACAAAUACCUGGGUGUUCACCUCAACAAUAAACUGGACUGGUCCAAAAACACAGACGUCCUGUACAAAAAGGGCCAAAGUUGUCUCCACCUGCUAAGGAGACUAAGUUUCUUUGGUGUGUGCAGGACCCUGUUAAAAACCUUUUAUGACACUGAGGUUGCGUCUGCAAUCUUUUAUGCAGUAGUCUGCUGGGAACCUGGGAGCCCAGAGAGGGACAGGAAAAGACUAAACAGACUGGUGAAGAGGGCUACCUCUGUUCUGGCCUGCCCUCUGGACACCAUAGAGAAGGUGAGGGAGAGGAGGAAGUUAGCCAAGCUGGCAUCAAUCAUGGGCAACACCGCUCACCCCCUGCACGAGGCUGUGAGUUCUUUUUUUAUUCUAUUUAAUGUGUAAUUUUUCUUAUUCUUAUGUGCGAUUUUUUUUUUUUUUUGAGCUGCUGUAACAAGGAAAUUUCCCCAGUGUGGGAUUAAUAAAGUCUAUCUUAUAACGUGUUAAUUAGUGCACUUUAGAGGGGCUGGUAGAUGCAUUUUGUUACAGUUCAGUUACAGAUAAAAGAAGCAAAAACAACAAAACCCUAUAUUGUCCUUCAAGCACCUACAUCUACCUACCAACCAACAGGCCGGACAAAGGUUUUCAAUACAAACUUUUUUUUUUUUUUUUUUUACAUUUGAAUAAAUUACCAUGCUGUCAGUUAUUUGUUUUUCAUAAUUAUUAUAAAUAAUUGGACGUACUUCGGACGUUGCUUGCACCAACAUUUGACCAGGUGAUUAGAAAGCAGUACCAUUUCCUGACAAUGUUUUUACUGUUACAUAAUCCAAUUUAAUUGACAAUUAAAAAUUAAAAAUAUA